AAGCAACAUUGGAAGGGGAGCUAAAAUAUUGGAAACUGUAACAGAGAACGUAUGAUAUGAUAUACGUUCUCUGACUGUAAACAAAACAAAACAAAUUCUAAAGAAGAAAGCGAGAUUUUUUUCAUUCUUGACGCCGCAUUGACAAUGGCAAUAAUUAUUACUUUGCAUAAGUUUUAUUACCAGAUAUAACUUAUACUAAUAUAAUUUAAAAAACUAAAGAGAAUAUUGAAAGUUUAUGAUGUGUUAGCGCAGCUUUUAGAAUAAAAGUUUUUGAGAAAUUUCAUCAAAAUUUGUAUUGACGGUAUGGAGAUUUAAAAAAAUUUCUAGUAAUUCCAGUGAUAACAUAUUCGCGAAAAUUUUUAUUGCCUGUGUAAGCAGUAAGUCAUUGAGUCCACUAAAAUGCAGAAUCUUCUUCUGAGGAAACGUCAAACAGCUGCACAAAGCAACAGGAAACAACAACAACACAAAUAACAACACGUUCAACAAUUGUGGGUGCAGCUGCGGUUUCGGCCAUACUACAUUUUAAAUAGACUUUCUUACCAAUUCACAAAGAAACAUAUUUGUUUGCAAUUUCUUAUUGAAAAAAUGUAAAACGCCGAAAUUCAGAUUAAAUAACAACAAUCAUUAUUUUGCAACUUACAUGUACUAAUACAAAGAAAAAGUGCUUAUUUAAAAAAAAAAACAAGUUUGUAACAUAUUGAGUGUCGGAAGAACAAAUUGAGUACGUCGAGAAUUAGAGAAGAGCUUAAAAAAAAAAAGAGUAUUAACAACAAAAUAUGAAUUCCUAGAGCGAAAGCAUCAAAAGCUAGGGACUGGCGAGGCAGUGGUAGUGACGGUGGUAGCGUCUUCAAGAGUAGUUUGGCAAAAAGGCAAAAAUAUUACAAACCGUUAACGUUGUUGUGCUACGAAUUGAGAUGGUGACGGUGACGGUGAGUCGUCAGCUAGAAGUCAUGAUCUGUGAGUCUCGACACUUGCGUUAGUACGUUUUGGCCACAUCACGCAGACGGUCGGCUAACGACGGUUCAGCACGAUCAAUGCAAAUACGCUAGGUAGUAGCGGUAAAACUGGAUUUGGAUUUCUACAAAAUUGUGCCAUAGCGAAAGAAGUACAAACUAAACGACGAUUAAGCACACUAGCCAAAAAGCUAAUGAAUUAACAUUAGCAUAAAAUUCCAUUUUCGAUUGGUAUAGAAUCAAAGGCGAAAGUUGUAAGUUAGAGUGUAAGUGUUGUGUCGUAACAUACUACAUAUAACAUAAAUGAGAGCAGAUUUCUUACUAUCGGAAUAAUUUGUUCCGUGGUCGUAGCAUACGGUAAUGCGUAUACCGUUGACGGCGUGCUUACAUCCCUGCUCCUUUAAGUUUGAAUACGGCAACAAAAAAACACCCACUCACCGUCAUAAUUGUACACUCAACCUCCCGCAUACGGCACCUAGCUAGCCCCUAGCACGACACCAUUAAACAUGUUGCGUUCUUUGCGUCCCUUGCGUUCCUGUUACGGCAAAACAAUAAUUUUCGCAUUGGCCACGCUCUGCUUUAUACUUUACAUUAAAGUGCUGCAAGUAGAGGACACAAUACGAGAAGCACAAAGUCAAAAUGCAAAAUUAAAAGGCUUACAGGAGCAAAACGAUGUACUACCAAAAGAACAAAAAUUCAAACACAGAGCGCACAUCAAUCCACGACAUCGUGCGCUUGAACGUCCUCAAAAUAUUGAAAUAUUCAAACCAAAAGAAAUGGAGCCUUCAACAGAAUCAAUAUAUGAGCUAAGCAUACGUAUGGAUUUGGAGAAGCAAGAUUCAGCACUAGGCGCACUUGGUACUGCUGUACAUUUGAGUGGUGAAGCAGCACGCCGUGGCGAGGAAAUUUACAAAAAGAUUUCACUAAAUCAAGAAAUUAGCGAAAGAUUAUCUUAUAAUCGCACUUUAGUUGAUGCGCGCCAUCCAGCAUGCUUGCGACAGACUUUUGAUUUAAAUACGUUGCCCAGCACUAGUGUCAUUGUAAUUUUCUACAAUGAACCCUACUCAGUGCUGGUGCGUACAGUGCAUAGUACUUUGAAUACGUGCAAUGAAAAAGUAUUGAAGGAGAUCAUUUUGGUCGAUGAUGGUAGCACAAAUGAUGAGUUGCACGGUAAAUUGGAUUAUUAUAUCAGUACGAGAAUACCGAAUGGAAAGGUGAAAGUGUUGCGUCUUAAAAAUCGUCUCGGUUUGAUACGAGCGCGUUUGGCCGGCGCCCGUAUAGCCACCGGUGACGUGCUUAUCUUUUUGGACGCACAUUGUGAAGCGAAUAUUGGCUGGUGUGAGCCGCUAUUGCAGCGCAUCAAGGAGUCGCGUACCAGCGUGUUAGUGCCGAUAAUCGAUGUUAUCGAUUCAAAAGAUUUUCAAUACAGCACCAACGGCUAUAAGUCGUUCCAGGUUGGUGGUUUCGAGUGGUCGGGCCAUUUCGAUUGGAUUGAGCUGUCAGACCGUGAGAAGAAACGUCAGUUGCGUGAAUGCGAUCAACCGCGCGAAAUAUGCCCUGCCUAUAGUCCGACUAUGGCGGGCGGUUUGUUUGCAAUCGAUCGACGUUACUUUUGGGAUAGUGGCAGCUAUGAUGAGCAGAUGGAUGGCUGGGGUGGUGAAAACCUUGAGAUGUCCUUUAGAAUUUGGCAAUGUGGUGGUACAAUUGAGACGAUACCUUGUUCACGUGUGGGACACGUUUUUCGCGAUUUUCAUCCUUACGAAUUUCCCAACGAUCGCGAUACGCAUGGCAUCAACACAGCGCGCAUGGCACUCGUCUGGAUGGACAACUAUGUAAAUCUCUUCUUCCUCCAUCGCCCUGACUUGAAAUUCCAUCCGGAUAUCGGCGAUAUGACACAUCGUAAGCUGUUGCGUAAGAAAUUGCGUUGCAAAAGUUUCAAUUGGUAUUUGGAAAAUAUUUAUCCGGAAAAAUUCGUACCGACCAAGAACGUGUUGGCCUACGGACGCAUACGUGCGCUUAGUAAAGAUCUAUGCGCCGACGAUUUGUCGCAAAACAAUGAGAAACCCUACAAUUUGGGUAUAUUUUGGUGUGCCAAAAAACUGACAAAAUCACAAUUCUUCACAUUGACCAACACCCAAGUGCUGCGCAACGAGCUCAGCUGCGCCACCGUGCCACAUGGUAGGGGCGAUGUGCGCAUCGUCAAGAUGGUAUCCUGCAUGGACAACGAUGACUACAACGAGCAGUGGAGUUAUGAGAACGAGCAUCUGAUACAUGUGAAUACCGGCCUGUGUUUGGAUCAUAUGGAAUUGCGCAGUUCCGAUGAGAUACAAGUGACGCGCUGUGAUAAUGACAGUGAAACGCAACGCUGGACCAUACAGCACGAAAAGUUGCUGUGAGGGCGUGUGGCGGCUGGGUAGAGUCGGUAGACCAACUAGUUCUAAGUCGAAAGUCAAAGCCAUUGUGUAAAUAUUGCGAAUGCUUUAUAUGCAUAUGUGUAUGUAUACAUAUGUAUAGUAUGCACAAGUGUACAUAUGUAUUAUAAUAUAUUAUUUUUGAAAACUUGACACUUUGUAAAGCAGUUAGUCGACGUAAAUUAAUUUUUUGUGGCACUUAAGUUUUUUUCUGUAUGGUAAAGUGCAUAAUUUAAACACCUACACCGUUAGUUGCUGUCGAAUAAACAGUUAUUUGUGUCGCGAAAAUCCGUAAUUAUGUAAAAAUAGCAUUCCUUGUGACACCGCUAAUGUUGCACCUCAUCUAGCGGUGUUUUUUCUGGGUACACACACACAAAUGUAUGCAUACUCAGCGCAUUGUAGUUAGCGAAAAUAUAUUUUUAUGUAAUUUAAAGUAAUUAAAAAUACCACAAAAAUCACAAAAACUACAAAAA